CGACCUCUCAACCGUGUCGAGAAUAUUCGCGUCGAAAAUAUUUAUCCCAACAAAAGAAAUUGAGAUAAUCAAGACCCCCACAAGAAACAAAAAGGCAACAUGCCAUCCUACCCCCUCCUCGACAGCCACAUCCACCUCUGGCCCGCAACCGCCCUCUCCCCAACAGACCACACAUGGAUGAAACCAAACCACCUCCUCACGCGACGCCACGGCAUCUCAGAAUACCGCGCCAGCACAUCCUCGUCGCCCUUCCAACCCACAGGCUUCGUCUACGUAGAAACAGACCGCCAUCUACCCUCGCUGCACCCUCCCUCGCAUUCCGACGAAGACUUGAAGAAAUGGGCGCGCGCGCCACUGGAAGAGCUCGAUUUCCUGCGCCGCGUCGUAGAAGGACGAAAAGAACAUGUCGACGCGGAUGGCUUCGAUCCCUCGCUUGACCCGUCAUUGGUCAAAGGAGUGGUGAUUUGGGCGCCGUUUUUGUUGGAGAGUAGUGUUUUUGAUAGGUAUUUGGGGAUUGCGAGGGAGAGGUUAGGAGAUAUGGCGUGGGGGAAGGUUGUAGGGUUUCGGUAUCUGCUGCAAGGGCGCGGGGUUGACGGUGUGAAGAGCGCAGCGGGGAAUGCGGAGUUUGUGAGGAACGUGGUCAAGCUUGCGGCGAUGGAUGGGGGAAAAGGCAAGGUUUUCGAUGUUGGGGCUGAUGCGCAUAGGGAUGGGGUUGAGGCUGUUGAGGCGGUUGGCGAGUUGGUUGCGAAUGUUCGAAAGGCGGAGGGUGGGGAGAAGGUGAGGUUCGUUAUGAAUCACUUCUGUAAACCCGACCUUUCCACCCCAUCUUCAAGCUACUCGUCUUUCUCCCGCUACAAAUCCGCUAUAGAAAGCUACGCGCACGAUCCCAACAUCUACAUGAAAGUCUCCGGCGCCCUCAACGAAUUCGAGCCUACGCCCACCCCCGCAGACCCCAUCGAUAUCAUCUCAACUCUAGGCCCCUAUCUCGAUCUCGUUUACUCUGUUUUUGGCGCAAAGCGACUCAUGUUCGGAAGCGACUGGCCCGUACUCAAUGUCGGUGGACCAAAAGGCGAGAAAGAAGGCGAGGAGAGCAAUUGGAGCGUGUGGCGGAGCGUUGUUGCGAAGUGGAUGUCAGAAAAGGACCUGAGCGAUGAGGAAUGCGCAUAUAUCUGGUCAAGAUCAGGGGUUACUGCGUACGGGAUUGAGGAUUUUACAGCGAGGGGGAGUGGCGGUGGUGAAAUGUCUAUUGGAUCCUCAUUCCUUCACUCCCCACCAACUUGUCCCGUUUUGCUGAGCGUCGCACCACAACCGCCUCUCACGAUGAACCCCUCACCCCUCCUCACCGGCAAGACGAUGGCCAUUACCGGCGGCGUGACUGGCAUCGGACGCGCCAUCGUGCUGGGCUAUCUUUCCCACGGCGCCCGCGUGGCUGUCAACCAUCUCGGUGAUCCUACGUCGGCGGGGCAAUACAAGUCGCUGAUUGAAGAAGCGGCGGCAAUCUUCGACGGCAGUGUGGAGAAUAAGGGAAAAGGGCGGGAGACGGCAGAAGACAGACUUGCAGAGGUCCCUGGAGAUGUAGGGAAUCCAGAGACGGGGAAGAAGCUCAUCGAUGAGGUUGUGAAGCGAUGGGGGAGACUGGAUGUGUUUGUGACUAAUGCGGGCGUGUGCGAGUUUAAGGAGUUUCUAGACAUCUCUCCAGAUCUUUGGUCAAAUACCCUCACCACGAACCUCACCGGCGCCUUCAACACCGUCCAAGCAGCUGCUUCCGUCCUCUCGACGCAAUCGCCACCCGGCGGCUCCAUCAUCGGAAUAUCGAGUAUCAGCGCGCUCGUCGGCGGUGCACAACAAGCACACUACACCCCCACGAAAGCCGGCAUCACAUCGCUCAUGCAAUCUUGUGCGUGCGCGCUUGGGAAGUACAACAUCAGAUGUAAUGCGCUGCUCCCAGGGACGAUAAAGACACAAUUGAACGAAAAGGAUCUUGAGGACGACACGAAGAGAAAGUAUAUGGAGGGCAGGAUCCCGCUCGGAAGAACUGGCGUGCCGGCAGAUCUAGCGGGGCCAGCGAUAUUCUUGGGCAGCGAUUUGAGUGCGUAUGUAACGGGUGCGCAAUUGUUGGUGGAUGGUGGCCUGUUCGUAAAUCUGCAAUAG